AUGUUACGGCAAUUUUCUACCUUUUCUGCCAUCUCCUUGUUUUUACUCGGAUCACUGCCGGCCAGAGUAUUCGCAGAUCAGAUCUUAGAAACCUCGAGCUUCACAACAUGUGACUCGGAUUCCAGCAUCACAGUCCAGGCGAUGGACAUUAAAUAUAACGCCGACAAGAAGGUGGUGACAUUUGAUGUGGCUGGGACGAGUUCGAAGGUGCAGAACGUUACAGCUGCAUUAACCGUAACAGCAUAUGGCACCGAAGUAUACCAAAAGUCCUUUAACCCUUGCGAAGCAGACACCUUUGUUGCACAGUUAUGUCCUGUCCCAGCAGGAACAUUCGCAGCAAAGGGCGAGCAAACCAUCCCAGAAUCAUACGCGUCCCUCAUCCCUUCGAUUACCUUUUCCAUCCCCGAUAUCGCCGCACAAGCUAAAUUGGAGUUGAAAGCACUUGAUGGGGGAAAGAAUGUGGCAUGUUUGACCUCGACCGUCUCGAAUGGAAAGACCGUCAAUAUACCAGCUGUUUCAUACGUUGCUGCGGGUAUCGUAGGUGCUGCUGCGGUCUUGACUGGAGCAUCUGCUAUUGGAGCUGCGGCCGCAGGUGGAAGUACAGCUGGAAGUGGAACUAUCAGUCCAUCCUUCACCGAGGUUUUCAUGGUCUUCCAAGGAUUUGCUAUGAACGGAAUGAUGUCGGUCAACUAUCCUCCAGUCUAUCGAAGUUUCACCAAGAACUUUGCUUUCAGUACUGGUGUUGUUCCAUGGAGGGCAAUGCAGGUUUCGAUUGAUAACUUCCGUGCAUCUACCGGUGGAAACUUGACAAACGAUAGUGUAGAAUUUCUCGAGAAAGCAACCCUGGUUUACGGCUCCUCGAACUCAACCACCAAACGCGAUCUUGCUCUUUUCGCCAGAGAUACCCUAACUACCAGCGCCAAUGCAACUGCUACCGAGAACGCAACUGCCACAACAACCGCAUCUGGAGUCGAGGCGACUGUUUCCGGUAUCAAGGCGUACGUCGAGCUCUUAAGCGUUCCAUCUGCAAACACAUUUAUGACCGUCCUUUUGAUCGUUGCUUGCGUCAUCGCCGCCAUUGCUGUCGGUAUCUUGUUGUUCAAGGUCAUCUUGGAAACUUGGGCUCUAUUUGGAUCGUUCCCUAAAGGACUUACUGGAUUCCGAAAGCAUUACUGGGGAACAAUGGCUCGUGUUAUUGUGCAGUUGAUUUUGGUCUUGUACGGUGUCUGGGUGCUUUAUUGCAUAUAUCAAUUUACCCACGGAGAUUCUUGGGCUGCGAAACUUCUUGCCGGAUUGACCCUCGCAAUCUUCACCGGAGUGCUUGGAUUCUUCACCUUUAUGAUUUGGAAGACCGCCCGUACCUUGAAGAAAUCCGAAGGAGAUGCCUCUGGAUUGUAUGAGAACAAAAGCCAUUGGCUGAAAUACUCAAUCUUCUACGACAGCUACAAGAAGGAUUUCUGGUGGGUAUUCAUCCCACUCAUCAUCUACAUGUUCGCCAAAGGAGUCGUACUUGCCAUCGCAGACGGUCAUGGAAUGGGACAAACUAUCGCGCAACUCGUCAUCGAAUGUCUUAUGCUUGGCCUUUUGAUCUGGAACCGUCCUUUUGAGAGACGAUCCGGAAACGUUAUCAACAUCUUUAUUCAGAUCGUCCGAGCAUUGACUGUGGCCUGUAUUUUGGUAUUCGUUGAGGAGCUUGGUGUUGCUCAAACCACCCAAACGGUCACUGGUGUCGUUCUCAUUGCUGUUCAAUCGGUUCUUGCUGGAGUUCUUGGUAUCUUGAUUGUUGCAAAUGCUCUCAUCAUGUGCUGCAAAGAGAACCCUCACCGUAGAAGACGCAAGGAAGCAGAAAAACUCAACCGUGACCUCGACAACCUCACUCCUCUGGAUGCCAGAAACAGUCUCCUCAUGGACCCAACUCAGCGUCCAAUGAAUGGUAAAUACGACCACGACUUCAAAAAUCCUCUCGUCAAGGAAAACAGCUCAGACAGCUUCAUGAACGAGCCAGCGAACCCUUACGCAGGAGCCACCCCACUUAGAUCAUACACCCCUCUAUCACAUCACCGAGCCACUUCUUCGGACGCCAGUCGUGAGCGGCUUGUCAGCAACGCGGCUCCGCUCGGUGGCGCGAAUGGCAGUCCACCACCUCAUGACCGACAACCUACAUUACCGAAUUUCAACCAACCGCAAGCGUAUGGUGGGGGAUACAGAGGUGUGAAUCAUGCUUAUUAG